AUGAUGGGCAUGAGAAUGCCCGGUUUAUGGCGCACCGUCAAGUUAUCGCAAGUGCGUUCGAUGCGGUUGUAUUCAACGGCCAAGGGCAGUGACCGUCUCACAAGCACGUCUGCAUUGGAGCACAAGUUGUCGCACCGGCACCAUAAAUUGCCGCCGUUGCCCCACCUCGACCGCCCAGUGAUGGAAGCCGGCGAAGCUGUGAGCAACAUUCUGUACAAUACGCCGCCUCCCAGCACUCAACCCUUUCGUCGACACAUUCUGAACAUGUUUGUCCAGGACGAGCCUGGUGUGCUCGCACGUGUGUCAGGAUGCCUGGCCGCGCGUGGUGUAAACAUUGAUUCACUUGUCGUGUGUGCAACAGAUGUGCAGGACUUGUCGCGCAUGUGUAUUGUGCUGCGUGGUCAAGAAGGUACCAUUGAACAGGUUCGCCGUCAGCUGGAAGACCUGGUGCCGGUGUGGGCGGUUGUCGACUACACGAACACGAAAGUGAUCGAGCGGGAAAUCAUGUUGGUGAAAGUGUCGACACUAGGUCCCGAGUACUACGAGCAGAACCAUCUGGGCUUAGAAGAGGAAGCUGAGAACGAAGUUGACUAUGCCGUUGCCCAGGCUGACGGACAUCCGACGCCGCCUCUGCCGCAGCUCAGCCCAACAGAAGCCCUGUCGAUCAAAAAUGACAAUCUUCGCUCGAUCAUUGCAUUAACGGAUCAGUUUGCUGGGCAAGUCGUCGACGUGAGCGAUGCUAGUGUGAUCGUGCAAGUAUGUGCUAAGACAUCGCGUCUCGAUGCGUUUUACAAACUCAUGCGUCCUUUUGGUAUUUUGGAGCUUUCGCGUUCUGGCACAAUGGUACUGCCACGUACGCCCAUCAAGUCGUCUUGGAAGAGUAUUUCCGACCGCGAGGAAAUCGAUCGCAGCGUGGACAUGGACGCCUCCAUGCUUCCCCCUGGAUAA